AUGGCAGCGUUUGAGGACCUGCCGGAAGGUUGCAUUUCCACCAUACUCUCUCGCACCACUCCGCUUGAUGCUGGAAGGCUCUCCCUCAUUUCCAAGACUUUCCAUUCUGCCGCCGAUUCCAAUGCUGUUUGGGAUCAAUUUCUUCCUUCCGAUACCAAUUUCAUUGACUCUAUCAUCUCACAAUCUCCUUCACUUGCCAACAUUCCAACCAAAAAGGCUCUCUAUCUCGCUCUAUCCGAUCGACCUAUCAUCAUUGACAACGGUAAAAAGAGCUUUCAAUUAGAUAGAAAGAGUGGAAAAAAGUGUAUCAUGCUUGCUGCUAGAUCUCUCUCCAUUGUUUGGGGUGAUGAUGAGCGCUAUUGGAACUGGAUUGCUUUGCCUGAUUCUAGGUUCCCCGAAGUUGCUAAGCUUAAUCAUGUGUGGUGGCUUGAAAUUCGUGGGAUGAUUAACACUCUUGCCUUGUCCCCAAAUACUCGGUAUGGGGCUUAUCUUGUGUUCAAGAUGAUUGAUGCUCAUGGAUUUAAGCACCUUCCUGUGGACUUAUCUGUUGAUGUCGAAGGUAGCAAUCGCAGCACUAAAAUUGUCUGUUUGGAUCCAAACGUGGAACCUAUGUGGCACAUGUCAGGAAGACGGAACCGUCGUUGGAACCGUCAUAAUAGUAGGUUGCAGGACAGGGUUGUAGGAUUGCCACGUCCCAAUAUAAGAAGUGAUGAGUGGUUAGAGAUUGAGAUGGGAGAAUUCUUCAAUUCAGGCCUUGAACAUGACCAAGUCCACAUGAGUGUUAUCGAGACAAAGGCUGGUGAGUUGAAGUUAAAUUUCUUUGUUGAAGGAAUAGAAAUUAGGCCCAAGGAAGAAGGUUAAACAACAUUCACCAAACUAUAAAAAACCAUAAGCUACAGCUUCCCCUGCCGGAAGGAACUUUUCAAGAGAGAUAUAUUGUUCCAAAUUGUCUCUUGACAAAGUGUAUGAAUAAAUAAUAUUGCCUAUUAUAACUUGUGUUUUGGAUGUUUCGUGUAUAUUUUAAUGCAAAUAUUUAUUUGCUGCCAUUUUUUGAUAU